GUGAGAGGAAAAAAACAGUAAAGCAAAUGAUUGUCUUUAUUUCCUUAGUGUGUCCUAUGUAAGUGCCAGUACGACGACCUGAGCUUUCCGGGGCCUCUCUGCCUCAGGUUCCCAUCUCAUCCUGCAAAGCCUUGGAACCUCCUGGUCUUCAGCAAAGGACAAAGAGCACAAUUCCAACACGCCUGACCUCCCCAUCGGCAGGUCACCAGCUUGGCCUGCUUUAGGCAAACUCCCUUGGUCUGAAGAAACUCCCUUCCUCCUGCCGCUCCAGCACUGCUGUUCCUACUGACUUUUCGGCAGCGUGCACAGAUCCGAGGAGAAGCCAGCCUGAAAUAAGCUCAGAGCCAGCAAGGCCCUGAGGCUGAGAGGAGCUGGGGCUCUGCUACAACCCAACCUGCCUCCAACUCGUACAGAGCAUUGUGGCUUCCCAGCUAGCGCCUGUCUGGAAUGAUUUCAGCAACCCGAGGUGCAUGUCACAGCUCGUCACCUCCCCUCAGACAGACCUGCAGCAACAGAGAGGGAGUAGGAGAGCCCAGAGGGAGAGCGGCAGCCAGGGCUGAAACCACACAACACCCUUUCACUGCUCCCACUGCAGCAGCAGCGGAUUUUCCUGCCUGAUCCCCUGCACUGCUGGCCGCACCUCUUCUGCAGCCCCGAUCUGUAGCUCCAGACAGAAGUGUCCUUGUAAGAAGUAGCUGGGAUUUUUCUAUGUCUGCCCUGCACUUUCUGGAAACCCCAUGUAAGAAGAGAGCCAAGAGAAAAGCAGGAAGGCUGGAGAAGAGAAAUGCAAACAUUGGGUGGCCAAAGUAACACAGCAGUUCGGACCACUCACUGCAGUUUUACCACUGACCAGCAGGAGCAACCAUAAAUUACCAGCCGCAGUCAAAGCAGUGUCAGAAAAAUAUUAGUUUUGAAAUCUCUCACCUGAUUGCCAGCAAAAUCUCAACAACAUUGCUAACACCAUUACUAAUACUUUGAGCUCAUUCAGAGGAAGAGCUGUGCUCCUUGCAAAUGCUAAUUUAGCUCCACACCAGAAGCACAGAGGCUAGAGCAAUGACAACGUCAACUGAUGUGGGUUUCAGACGGAGGGCUGGACACGCGAUUACUCAGAAAACAGGCCCUGAAGUCCUGCCACGGGGAAAGGCUGAGAGAUGGCCGAAGGGAAAAUAACAACUUUCACCGCCCUGACGGAAAAAUUCAACCUUCCCUUGGGGAAUUACAAGAAACCCAAACUCCUGUACUGCAGCAAUGGAGGCCACUUCUUGAGGAUACUUCCAGAUGGCAAGGUAGAUGGGACAAGGGACCGAAGCGACCAACACAUCCAACUGCAGCUAAGCGCGGAAAGCGUGGGUGUAGUGUAUAUAAAGAGCACCAAGUCUGGACAGUACUUGGCUAUGGACACCAAUGGCCUUUUAUAUGGAUCACAGUUAAUGAGCGAGGAAUGCUUGUUCCUGGAAAGGAUGGAAGAAAAUCAUUACAACACAUACACAUCUAAGAAGAAUGCAGAUAAGAACUGGUUCGUUGGCUUAAAGAAGAAUGGAAGCACCAAACUGGGACCACGGACUCACUAUGGCCAGAAGGCAAUCCUUUUCCUUCCGCUGCCAGUGUCAGCUGAUUAGAAGAUCCUACCCCAACUGCCAUAAGACAACCCUGAAUCUUACGCAUCAACUACCACCUCUUCUCUCUUUCUCUCUCUUUACUGGCUAGAGUGACAAAGAGAUUAACUGUAUGACCAGACGCGUUCAGUAUUUAAAUGCUUUAAAAAUUAAAA